AUGUCCUCCCGUCCUGAUCCAAUGUCCUCCAGUCCUGAUCCAACGUCCUCCCGUCCUGAUCCAACGUCCUCCCGUCCUGAUCCUACGUCCUCCCGUCCUCAUUCAACGUCCUCCCGUCCUCAUUCAACGUCCUCCCGUCCUGAUCCAACGUCCUCCCGUCCUGAUCGAAUGUCCUCCUGUCCUGAUCCAACGUCCUCCUGUCCUGAUCCAAUGUCCUCCAGUCCUGAUCCAACGUCCUCCAGUCCUGAUCCAACGUCCUCCCGUCCUGAUCCAACGUCCUCCCGUCCUGAUCCAACGUCCUCCCGUCCUGAUCCAACGUCCUCCCGUCCUGAUCCAACGUCCUCCCGUCCUGAUCGAAUGUCCUCCCGUCCUGAUCCAACGUCCUCCCGUCCUGAUCCAACGUCCUCCCGUCCUGAUCCAACGUCCUCCCGUCCUGAUCAUACGUCCUCCCGUCCUGAUCCAACGUCCUCCCGUCCUGAUCGAAUGUCCUCCUGUCCUGAUCCAACGUCCUCCCGUCCUGAUCCAACGUCCUCCUGUCCUGAUCCAACGUCCUCCCGUCCUGAUCCAACGUCCUCCCGUCCUGAUCGAAUGUCCUCCUGUCCUGAUCCAACGUCCUCCCGUCCCGAUCCAACGUCCUCCCGUCCUGAUCGAAUGUCCUCCCGUCCUGAUCCAACGUCCUCCCGUCCUGAUCCUACGUCCUCCCGUCCUGAUCCAACGUCCUCCCGUCCUGAUCGAAUGUCCUCCUGUCCUGAUCCAACGUCCUCCCGUCCUGAUCCAACGUCCUCCCGUCCUGAUCGAAUGUCCUCCUGUCCUGAUCCAACGUCCUCCCGUCCUGAUCCAACGUCCUCCCGUCCUGAUCCAACGUCCUCCCGUCCUGAUCCAACGUCCUCCCGUCCUGAUCCAACGUCCUCCCGUCCUGAUCGAAUGUCCUCCCGUCCUGAUCCAACGUCCUCCCGUCCUGAUCCUACGUCCUCCCGUCCUGAUCAUACGUCCUCCCGUCCUGAUCCAACGUCCUCCCGUCCUGAUCGAAUGUCCUCCUGUCCUGAUCCAACGUCCUCCCGUCCUGAUCCAACGUCCUCCCGUCCUGAUCCAACGUCCUCCCGUCCUGAUCCAACGUCCUCCCGUCCUGAUCCAACGUCCUCCCGUCCUGAUCCAACGUCCUCCCGUCCUGAUCGAAUGUCCUCCUGUCCUGAUCCAACGUCCUCCCGUCCUGAUCCAACGUCCUCCCGUCCUGAUCCAACGUCCUCCCGUCCUGAUCGAAUGUCCUCCUGUCCUGAUCCAACGUCCUCCCGUCCUGAUCCAACGUCCUCCCGUCCUGAUCCAACGUCCUCCCGUCCUGAUCGAAUGUCCUCCUGUCCUGAUCCAACGUCCUCCCGUCCUGAUCGAAUGUCCUCCCGUCCUGAUCCAACGUCCUCCCGUCCUGAUCCAACGUCCUCCCGUCCCGAUCCAACGUCCUCCCGUCCUGAUCGAAUGUCCUCCCGUCCUGAUCCAACGCACUCCCGUCCUGAUCCAACGUCCUCCCGUCCUGAUCGAAUGUCCUCCCGUCCUGAUCCAACGUCCUCCCGUCCUGAUCCAACGUCCUCCCGUCCUGAUCCAACGUCCUCCCGUCCUGAUCCAACGUCCUCCCGUCCUGAUCCAACGUCCUCCCGUCCUGAUCCAACGUCCUCCUGUCCUGAUCCAACGUCCUCCCGUCCUGAUCGAAUGUCCUCCCGUCCUGGUUUCUAUAAAUGUCAAUCAGGUGAGUUUUAUUUUCUUACCUGCUUCUGUCUUGUAGAUAACAGCUGA